UGUAUUCUCUCAUGGCUUCACUCUUCCUGGAGGCAGCCACUCAACUGCACAGUGAUAGUUAAAGCGAUGGAGAAGUACUACCUGUCUCCAUUUUAUGCGGUAGAGUUCUGCAUUGGUUUCCCCUUCAACCUGUUGGUCGUACUGGGCUACAUAUUCUGCUUGCAGGAGUGGCAAAGCUGUAAUGUUUACAUCUUUAACCUGGCGUUCUCUGACCUGUUUUUCCUCUGCACGCUGCCACAACUCUCCUACCUCUAUGCAGAUGCCACCAGAGUCACCAAUCCUUACAUAUGCAUCAUAAACCGCUACAUCCUGCACGUCAAUCUUUACUCUUCCAUCCUCUUCAUGGUCUGGAUUAGCAUGGACCGUUUCCUGCUCAUAAAACAUCCGACGAGGAACCACUUCCUGCUUAAGCCCCGCGUAGCCGUGGUUGUGACGGUACUGACCUGGCUAGCCGUGAAUGUGGAAGUUGCACCAAUGAUAGCGCUGAUUAUUAAAGACUUACAAAAACACAACUGGAGCCACUGCAAGGAUUUUGCCAGCCUAAAAGGAGAUAUCAGUCCAUUAGGUUACAGCUUGGGAUUAACGCUGACUGGAUACAUUCUCCCUUUGCUUGGACUCUGCAUGUUUUCCCACCAAAUUUCGCAUCUGCUUCAUGUGCAAGAAAGAACCGUGCAGCACCAGAAAUCCUACAAAAGGCCUCUUCGAGUUGUCACAUCAGCCACAGUCAUGUUUUUGGUUCUCUACACGCCCUACCAUGUGAUGAGAAAUGUCCGAAUCGCCUCUCAGCAGACCUGGGCAGGACUGUCGCCAUGCACAAAGAUGAACGUAAAAGCCGCGUAUAUCUUGACUCGACCGUGGGCCUUUUUACACAGCGUUAUUAACCCCGUCUUUUAUUUCCUCAUGGGCGACAAGUUCAGAAAGCUUCUAAUGUCUAAACUCAGAAAAACGUAG